AGGAUUCGAUUUUCUUGAAGAUCGCAUGGUCACUCACACUUAGAUGCGUGUAAAACCACUACUUUGCAUCUUCGAAACACGUGCACGACAACCUGAAUCGUCGUCUCGCAUUAAACUAGAAUCGAGAAAUUGUCUACGAGAACAAAACAUGGUCCUCUCCCUUCUGUCCGACUCGGUUUCAGCCAUAACCCACUGGCUCGGACCGCACCAGGAAGGAGUCGUAACUCUGCAGCAGCCCGCACCCCCCUCCCUGAAAGAACCGCAACCCUGCGGCGGGUGGUGCUUCCACGAUUUUGUGGAGGCGUUUUUCAACGUCAUCCUUUCCCCCUUCUUGGGCCCCUCCACCACCACGGUCGACCCGAUCGCCGCCGCCUACGUCUUAUCAAAUGUAAAAGUGUCUGGGUCUGGAAGGGUGGAACUUGUGAUGCUAACUUUGGACUCUAAAAAAAUCUGUAUUGCAUGACCAGCAAUAGGAGCCCAGUGUGUGCUACGCGGGGAGGGCGUUUGUCAUGCGGGAUAGGCAUCAGGAAGGCCUCUAAAAAUAUGUGACGCCAGAUCAUGCAUUACAGACAUUCUGAGUCAUGGAAAAUAUGCAUGACAAACCUGGCAACCUUCCAGACCCAGACAUUUUUACAUUUGACACGUCUCCGGGAUUUGCGUUUCUCUCAUGUCCUUCGUCGGCGUCGUCACCAUCGGGCUGCUGAACAUCGACAGCAUCAAGGGGCCGGUCGAGUAUCUGUCACUCUCCUUUGCGGGCUCUGCACUCGCUGGGGACGCGUUGAUGCAUCUGUUGCCGGAGUGUUACGGUGCGCAUUCGCACGAGCCCGCUGGAAGUUCAUCUUCGGGCGGUGAUAUGCAUGAUCACAAACAUGAUGACCAUCACGAUCACGGCGCAGGAGGAGAUUGCUGCGGCGGUGUGAUGUACUACGGUUUAAUGGCGGCCAUUGGGGGAAUUGCGCUUUUGCUGUUGGUAUCACACGCAAAUAUGUCUGGGUCUGGAAGAUUCUGAGACUUGUCAUGCUAGUCUGGCACGACUCUAAAUUCUGUAUUGCGUGCCCGCGAAGAGGUCCGCUUGUCUGUCAUGUAAAAAACGCGGAUUCUCAUGCGGAGUACGCAACUCAGAAGCAGCGAAAAACUUGUCAUGCUGGGGAGCGCGCAUCACAGUGUGUGUGUGUGCUCACUAUUCCCUUCCUUGCGUCACAGGUUUCCAGACCCAGACAUGUUUGCAAUGCAUAGUUGGACGGCUUGGUUGAUCACGAUCACGAUGAAGAAUUGACAGGACAUCUUCACGAGUCACAUUCAGCACGAGAUGAAGACCAUCUUCACUACGGCGACGCGAGCCCAAGGACAACGUCCACUGCACGAGGAGGCCGAGGAGGCAAUGAUGGAUCCCCAACUGAUCAACACAAGAUGCGUUCGGCUUCUAGCGACAAGACGAAGAUGAAACAGGCAAAGGGCAGCACAACUACGAGCAAAACCACAGCAACCCUACAACAACUCCACAAUCAACCAAAGAUCAAGUCGUUCGGGUUAGCAAACCUCAUCGUGGAAAUCGUCCACAACUUUGUCGACGGCCUGGCCAUCGGCGUCGCUUUCACCACCGGGAACAAACUUUCUGGCUUCAAUACCACGCUCGCGAUCGUCCUGCACGAAAUUCCGCAGGAACUGGGCGAUUUCAUGGUGCUCCGCCUCGCCGGCUUCCCGACGAAGAAGCUGCUGUUUUGGAACUUUUUGGUCAGUUUAUCCACGCUCGUGGGGAUUUUCUUGUCGACUAUGAACUGCAAAAGUAUCGUACUCGUUUAAAUGCAUUACAAAUUUCCUCAGGGUGAGAAAUGAAAUUUGUAAUGCGGAUUUACCUUGAGGAAAAAACUUGUAAUGCAUGACUGUACGGCACUUUUGCACAGGAUAUCGACCACCGUGCUGCAACUGGAGCAGAUGAAGACGGUGAAGAAAACCCUUGUCGCCGUCACCGCGGGCUCGUUUUUGUCUUUGUCCUUCUACAUGAUCUUCCCGCAGGUGAAAAAAUCGAUUUUUGUCCACACCAAAUCCUUAUCCUGUGCAAAAGUAUCGUACUCGUAGUAAUUGCAGUCAUGCAUUACAAACUUUUUUCCCAAGGUAAAUCCGUAUGACAAAUUUGAUGUCUCAUGCUGAGGAAAUUUAUUUAAUGCAUUUUUUAUACGAGUGCGAUACUUUUGCAAUGCAUAAUCCUCCACGGUAAACUCCAGCCGGAAGCUUGCCAUGCUGUAUUGCGGGAUUGUGUCCUUCUUCGCGUUGUUUCUGGUUUACCAGGUCGGAGUGUUGGAGGAGUCUGCGGCGCAUGGGGGACAUGAUCAUGGGCACGAUCAUCAUGGACAUGGGCAUGACAAUCAUCAUGAUCAUCAUCACGAACUCGCUGCGGCCUCUGCGGCUCACCAAAAUCAUCAUCACCACCAUCACGACGAGGAAAGUCACCAACACGCGGUCUUAGGCGAGUGCACAACUUCACCCCUCCCCCCAUUUGUAAUGCGAAAUACCGAGCCCAGCUCUUGCCCUUAAGCAUAAGCACUGCGCGCAUGACAAGUUUUGGACGUCCAAUCAGGACUGCAAUUCAUGUCCGGAUUUGUCAUGCAAAAGCUACAUUCGUGGCCUUCCUUCUGUUGCUGCUCCUGCUAUACAAAUGAGGGGGAGCGGGAGUCUCCUGCACUCCCAUAGGUCCACGACGCCAUUCACAAGGCGCAUCUGCAACAGCACUACAAAAACCACGCGGAGCAGCACCGAGACGCCGUGAAACAGGCGGUCGAGGUAUCCACAGCAAACCUCCCGUACACGUACGUCGAAUGCUGUCUCUGCAUGACAGCACUUGCCUUCAAUUCUAGUCCGCAUGACAAGUUAGACACUUCUCCAAGGUAGCGAAAUCUAUCAUGCAUUUUAUGCAUGUAGGGGAGAUUUGUAUUGCAUAUGAAGCGGCCGGUGGGGAGGAGAAUGUGGUCCACAUGCAUCAUGACUACGCAAGAAAAAAACUGUGUAAUAUAGUCUAAAUUUGUGUUGCAGAACAUGCAACAGAGUUACGCCUAUCAUGCCAGACAGCCAUGAAGCCCUCUUUUCAUGUGUGUUUUGCCUUACAAGCCACGCAUGACAGGUCUUCUCUGUCAUGUAGACUAAAUUUGUGAUGCUGUUCCUUAAAGAAAGUCACACUUGCACACUUUUUGUUUUUUUUCUGGAUAGUGACACCGUGUCGGUUAGUAGUAGUACAGCACACGCGAGCACGACGCACCACCAGCAGCAGGUCCUUGAGCAAGGACAACAACAUGUAGGUGGUGCUAGUAGUGCAACAACUUCGGAACAAGCAGGUGGGGCUUCUGUAGUUGCGCCGCCACCGAAACCGCCGGCGAGGAGGGACGUGUAUUCGGAGCUGUAGAUGAACAGGUGGUGGGUACUAGAAGUACUUCCACGGAGAUCACCAUCACGCGAAUCUGCUUCCGUCAAGUUCAAGGACGAGGACGCUGUACAAGGACGAGAUCUUCAUAGUGGUUCCGACAGACUACAGCAGGAGGAGCGAGUGAGUGGUUAGAAGAUGAUGUAAUCCCAGAUGAAGAAGUGGAAGUCCUUCGAACGAAAGAACUUCUUGCUACACGUCCAGGCAAACAGGCAAAACUACUUGAUUUGGAGUGACUGACUGAAGAGUUCUUUGUAAAAAGCGUCGAGAUGAAGAUCAUAGUUAGGAGCUUACAUCAGGCUUGCGGGUGCUGAAGAAUUGCCAGCUGAAGCUGCAAGGAUGCGUAUUUGACAACAGUAGAGGUCGCAGCUGCGAGCACCACAGGAGCGUAACACAUGAGCUCCGUCGUGGUCUUACGAAAGUUCGCG